UCGAUACCCAGCGUUUAGCUGAUACACUCUGCCGCAGCCAACCUGUUGUUGUCCUAGUUUCACGUCUGUGCAGCCAACAACAACAACAACACCUGAAUAACCCGAGAGCCUCUGGAAUCGCGGCGCACAGAAGGUGUAUUUCGUUCUUGAUAAUGAAGAAAUCCAAGACAACCGUGAAGAAAUGUCGGAUUGUUGUGAUGGGCGACAGUGGGGUUGGAAAGACGUCUUUGAUAUCGCAGCUCCUCGGAAAUGGUUGUCCUAAGGAACACGAGGAGACUGUUGAAGAGAUGUACCAUUCAGAGUUGAGAAUGCCAGCCGCAAAGUACAACCUGGAGAUACUAGAUACGACCGGGGCUUAUUCCUUCCCCGCCAUGAGAAGACUAGCUAUCAACAAAGCCGACGUUUUUGUUCUCGUCUUCGCAGUUGAUUCUCCAGACAGUCUAAAGUACCUGAAAAAUCUCCGUGAGGAGAUUUUAGAGCUGCGAGAAGACGCCCGAUCCAAGAUCAUUGUAGCCGCUAACAAAACAGACUCUUUGGGAACCGACAAAACCGUGACAUCGGAUGAACAUACAGCGACUAUGGUUUCUUUAGACUGGGAUUGUGCCUGUGUGGAAACAUCGGCGAAAAAUGAUCUCGGCGUAAUGGAUUUAUUUGAAACUGCCGUGUCAUUGGUACACAGCGAAGGGUCUCCAAGUCUGUCUCCACUCAGCUCACUGGAUGAGUGCUCCCGAGAAUGCUGACCCAGUGAACGGAACAACACAACGACCCUCCGAAAUCCCGC